GAAUUAUAAAUUUUUACAAUGGGUUUACAAUUAUAAUAAUUACAGCACACCAUGUACCAUGAUCGAUAAUCAUGAUAGUGUAGAUCUACCAGGAAAUGCACUCUUGAUGUUUGAAACGAUGGUAUGAAUCCUUACUAUUUCGAAUCAGACUGAGAGUGUGGCUGACAUGGAGUCGGAUAGGGCAGAAGAUGCAGCAGUAGCUGCUAGCACUGCGAAGAAGGAAUUGCCCAUAAUUGACCUCAGUUGUGAUGACGAGACGACUGCCACUGCGUUGAGACAGGCCUGUGUUGAGUUCGGCUUUUUCUACAUCGUCAAUCAUGGCAUUACGAAUGAACAGUUUGCUGAACUCUUCGAGCAAGCAAAGUUGUUCUUUGCUCUACCUCUGGAGGAGAAGGAGAGGUGCAAUAUACUAGUUGACAGGAGUAUGAACAGAGGCUACAUCGAGUAUGGCACGGAGACAAGCGAUCCAGUGAAACAAACGACUGGAGGUACGAAGGAGGGGUAUCACAUGGGUAAAGAGAUGACUGCUGAGCAAGCUAAAGCGUCCGGGGAGGUGCACCGAGCGAAUAAGUGGCCACAAGAAGCUGUGGUGCCGCACUUCAAGACAACCAUGAUUGACUAUUACAAUGCCGUUUGUGCAGUGGGAAUGAAACUGCUUAGAAUAGUGGCAUUAGCACUGGAUAUGGAAGCAGAUUAUUUCCACCAAUUCUUCACUAAACACAUAGCGCUACUGCGAGUUCUACAUUACGACGAGACAUUGUCAAAGCCUGAUGAGGGUCUGUACGGAACUGGAGAGCACACGGAUCUUGGCAUGCUGACAUUGCUGAAGACGGAUGAUGUUCCUGGAUUGCAGAUUCAGUGGUCCGAUGGUGAAUGGGUAGAUGUAGCGCCAAUUGAAGGAGCCAUUGUGGUGAACAUUGCGGAUAUGUUAGAACGCUGGACAAACGGCAUGUUCAAGAGUACACUGCAUCGUGUGUUGAACACGACCGGGCGCGAGCGUUACAGUGCUCCGUUCUUCUUUGACUGCAAUGCCGACGCCACGAUUGAGUGUUUACCAACAUGUUGUAGCAGUGAGAGUCCAGCCAAGUAUGAACCUAUCCUGUCCGGUGAAUACCUCCUGAAGAAACUUGAGCAAAUCUACCCCAAAGGAUCAUUCUAGUACUUUGUCGACACUGCUGACUCGGGAUAUUACCGUUUGAAAGCAUCUCAUGAUUAUAAAUAAAAAUAAAUUUCACGGUUCGCGUGAGACUCGGCUGGAAGCCGAGUUUUCCGCAUCCGCCGUGGGAACGCCACCACCCUCUAGGAUCAAAGGCGCAGAUGCAGCGCCUAAACGGUGGGAGGUGAGUAGAUCAGACCCACCACCAAGUGGUCAAAGACCGAAAUCCCAUUAGCUGCAUCCAUGAUUAUUUAACCUAAAAUCUGACCAGGUGCUUGAAUGUUACUCCCAAUGCAACAGCCUUGUUGCCCGCUGCUUAUGUCCGCUGCUUGGAUUGAAUCAUUCAUGCAAUGUCCCUCUAUAUUCCACUCGCCUCUUUGUUGUACCAUACUCUAGGUAUUUUUCAUGUAGAGACGGGGUAGAUGAUAACAUGCAAAGUACCCGCACAAAGGCAGUGUGUCCCGGCUUUGCUGACUCCCUGCUCCUAUUAGUAGUAGCGGCAUUACCAUGGCAUCAUGAGCUCUUCAGGCUGGCUGAUCCAACUAACAUGGCGCCUGCCUCUAUUUGUUCUGAUACCGGGCCAUUGCAACGCGGUCCGGCAGGUCCGGGCCUGCAGUUGCCUGGCUGUUUCGCCGAUGUCUGAAGUUGUGCGCAUGGAAGUCUUGUUAUGA